UCUCUACCACCACAAAUUCCCACUAUGAAAACCCGAACACGAAAGUCAACCAGGCGUAACCUCAAAAGAUAUAAUGCAGGCAAUUCGUUUAGGAAACUGAGUUUGAUGGAAGAAGAUGUUGUUGAGAGAGUGCCCAGAGGGGUUAAGAGGUUGGACUUUACUAAUAUCCUCCAACCAGUCAAGGGUCAGUUGGAUGAAUACUUCGACAAUUCGUGCAAAAACAAACCGAUUUUCAGUGUAGAUCCCAUCAGGUUCUCUCCCGAUAAAGAGCAAAACCCUCAAGAAACAAUGCUUGCUCGUUUAAAGUUAAAUAAAGGAAAAAUGAAGAAAUACAUGAGAAAUUACGACAUCAAUAAAAUCAGAGAACAUAGAAUCAUGAAUAGCUUCACUGUUGGCAGGAAGAUCUCUGCCAAAGAGAAUUCAGAUAACAGAAUAAAUUCUGCAAUUGACCUCUUAAUCGCUCGUGAAGCGAAGAAAGCUGAUAGUUACUUAAAAGCAGGAAUUGUGAAAAAGAAGGAGAUAAACAACAUAAUGCCAAAGAAAUAAGGUAUUCGAAUCAGACAAUUUCGGGACUAGGACUGAUAAGUUUUACAAAUCUAUUGCUGAAGAGCUUAUCCAGAACGAUAUCAAACGAGAGAAUCAAAAAAGAGGAUUUAAAAGAAAAGGCAAGAAGGGGUCCCCAAAAGUUAAGUUCAAGUAUGCUAACUCCAAAUAAAUCAGGAGCUAACAAUGAUUCAUUUCAUAUGUCAAUGGAAACGUCUACAAAGUCUAUUUGGAACUUGAUCAAACCAAUAAAGCUCAACAAAAAAAAGAAUAAAGCAAAGAAGUGAAAGAAGACCAUCAUCUUAGAUUCGAUAAAGUUUUCCAAAAGGAUGGAAAAUCUCACAAAAGCUAAGAAAAUCAGCCAAAUCAAGCGUAUUUUUGGAGAAAAAUACCCUGUUGAUCCUGAAGCUGAUGCUCAGGAGCUAGAUGGUAUCCUAAAAUCUCCCUCUAUAAGAAAACCAAAAUUCAAAUUAUUUUACUCUAGAAAUCGUUCGAUGGAUGAGAAGUCCAUUAAAGUCUCAACACCAAGCGUGAAGAACGCUAGCUGUGACUCUUCAAUACUAGAGAAAUUUCUUGAGAAAAAGCUGAAAGAUUUCGAAGUGUCAGCUCAUAAAAAGACGAGCUAUGUAGCAUAUACUCCUUGUGUUAAUACUCCAAGCAACGUAAAGGAAAUAUUUGAAAAAACUCGCUUUCCAAAGAAUAAAGCGAGCAGCAAGAGAGUAUCCAUUUGUGAUGAUAGCUGUUUGCAGAAACUCAAAUCAAACGACCUUGUUGGUAAAAAUCCAGGAAGCUCAUAUGUUUCCUCAAGCACAAAAGCAGUUAGCUCUACCUUCUGGAACACCUUCUUUGAUUCAAAAAAAUCGGUGGAAGCUGCAUUGGCUUUAUAAAUAUAAUUC